UGUUGCACAUGGAUUCAUUCUUAAACAGAUUAUAGGUUGUGCUGUUGGUGCUGUGUAGUUUUAAGAGUGUUUUAGGAAAAUUACGUCUUUGGACAAUUUCUCAUUUUGAUAACAUGUGCUAAUCUUUUGUUGUAAAUAAGUGAUAAUUAAUUUUAAACGUUGAGUCAAGAUGUGGCCUAAAAAAAUUAUUAUUAUAUCAACACUUUUACCGUUUCUAAAUGGCCAAUUGUAUUUUCCUGACGAAAAAACUGGUGGUUACGUCCAAAUGCAGAAAGAGGGCCAAUCUGAGGCGAUUUUACCAACAAACUUAACCGAAUUGAGAGGAACCACACUUUAUGAACAAUUCGUAGACAAAAUCGUUUCCUCAGGGAUUCUUAAACUCACUGUAGCAAUGGAAAAAGCGCUAAUUGCUUCGUCGCCAAACAAUUACGAAAGUAUUGUGUUUGCUCCUGUAAACAUCGCUGGAGCCCUAGCUCUUGUGCUUUUGGGCUCCAAUGGUAAGACUUUCGAGGAGAUUUCGGCGAUAAUGGGGCUAGCGACGGGUGUGGACAUCCAUAAUAAGUCUCAACUAGUCCAUGAACAAUUUGGGAGAUUGCUAGAAAAAUUGCAAACAACUUCAGGUUUUGAUAUCGGCCGUCAAGUGAAUAUUGCGAAUGCUGUUUUUGUUCAAAAUAAUUACCCAAUAAGGCAGAUUUAUAAAAACACAGCUGAGUCGGUGUACAAGAGUGAGGUUUUGAACGUCGAUUUUGAAACAAAUCCAAAGUCGGCCCAACAGGUCAUAAAUGCGUGGGUGUCGGAGCGGACGAAAGGAAAAAUCACCCAGAUUUUAAACGAAGUUCCUGAUAGCUCAACUAAAGUGAUUUUGGCCAGCGCUUUGUAUUUUAAAGCAGAGUGGGAGAAACCGUUUUUCGACGGGAGCACCAAAAGACGCCCGUUUUAUACGGACGGUCGGGGGGCGAAAAGCGACGUUAUGGUAGAAAUGAUGUCAAAUGGGGGCUUGUUUCCUUACUACAAAGACCGGGAUUUAAACUGUGAAAUAAUUGGGUUUCCCUACAAAGGCAAUCAAACCACUAUGUACGUUGUUAUCCCCAAUAACUCGGAUAAAACGAAAUUGAAAGAACUCGAAGACAAGUUGGAUUUUAAACAAGUCGAGCGGCUUGUCAGCAGUGUCAAAUACACCGGAGCUAUCGUCAUAUUCCCAAAAAUGCGAAUUGAUACAACUAUUGAUUUAAAAAAAUCGCUCAAAAUUUUGGGAAUCUCAACACUCUUCAAUCCUGCUGAGUCCAACCUCGCGCUACUUUCCCCCGGAAAAGGCACUCCGGACACGAAUCCGGUUAUCGGCAACUCGAUACAAAACCCAAUUUCGGUCAACACGACCGGAAACGAUGUCAUUAUCUUCAACCGAAACGGCGAAAUUGUCAAUUGUACGCAGAUUUUCAACCCGAUGAGUAAUGUCAGUACUUGCGAGCAAGUCGUUACGGAUGCAACUACUCCUAAGAAAAUUGUCUACAAGAAGUUUGGAAAUAAAGUUGGGAGGAGGAUCGAUGGGGAGAUAACUCCCCGAAUCGCGGAAACUUUGGAUAAUGUUAGACAGUAUUUAAACCGGCAAAAUAACGCGGAGAGGUUUGAAAAUCCUGGAUUGUAUGCUGACAAUGUGAUUCAUAAGGUGUAUAUGGAUAUUACUGAAAGUGGGACUGAAGCGGCCGCUUCCACGUCGAUUAGUUUGUCGAGGGACGGGGGAAGGGUUACAGUUAGGGCUGAUGUACCAUUUUUGUUUUUUAUUAUGCAUGAGGAGACGAAGACCAUGCUGUUUUGGGGAUCGGUGAAUACGCCCACACCGAAUUUUAAAUAAUCUUGAGUUUGUGAGCACAAAAAUAUUUUUUACACGAUUGUGAUUUCAUUUUUACCUAUGUACCUAUUUAUUUUUGUGAAUAAAUUUGCAUCAUCACUAAUAUUAAA